AUGAAUACAUCAAUUUAUGAAAAUCAAGUAAAUGUUGAUGAUGAAACUAAUCAAACAGUUAAUCGAGAUUUAUUCCAAUCUAAUAAAAAUCUAAAGAAACACAUUCGUCAAUGUAUGAAACAUCCUGAGAAAAGAAACCAAAUAAUGAAUGGAGAUAAUAAUAAUCAAUUAAUCAAAUUACAACAAUAUAAAAAUGAAGCAUUAACAUAUAAACAACAACUUAAAAUAUGUCAGAAAACAAUUAACCAUCUUCGAACAACAAUUCAUCUCAUGGAAGAACUUGAGCAAUUGAAAAUUACGGAACAAGAAUCCGGGCAGCAAUAUGAAACUAUUCCUACAGAUUAUAAAGUCGAUCCAAAUCAUAAACCAAGUUAUCAAUGUUGUCUGAAAAUUUUUGAACAAUAUCAAACAUUAUUUGAUAUACAUUGUUUUAAACAAAUUUCUACAUCACUUACUGAAUUGUAUCAUAAUUAUCAAGAAAUAAAUACUUUAAAAAAAUCAACAAAAAUCAAAAAUACGAAUGAAGCUAUAGAAAAAAUUCAUACAUAUAAUAAUCCUGUACCAUAUUAUCAUCAAAUUAUUGAAAAAAUAAUUAAAUUACUUGAAGUAUCAAAAUCUGAUCAAAUAAUUCCAGCUAUAAAAACACUUCUACUAUUAGCACAUACUGAUAUUCAAUGUUAA